UAGAUGACGUCGGUUUACGACGAGAUGCAAGACAUCACUGUACAUCAUCUACUUCACAACAAAAUUAUGCUGAAUAACGAAUUAGCCAUGAGCUAUCUAGCUAGAAAUAGUCGCUAUUUUCCGCUUAUAAGGAAGUUUCUACAGAACUCAACAAGCGUUGAUGAUCUGGAAAUGGAUGACGAAUUUGACGAUAUAGAGGAAGUAGAAAUAAAUGAAGACGGUAUGGGAAGAUUCCAGGAAAAAGUUUCCAGGAUUCAGAAUCUUAUGGAUAACUUUGAAAACAUUUCGAAGGGGAAGCUAGAGUCAAUCUGCACCAAAGUAAACAGUUUAGUUGAACUUAUAACCAAAAAGCUAGAAAAUCUGAGAUGUAUAUGCCAAACACUGCAAAUGCGUUCUACUGCGAUAACAAAUCAAAUAAAAGCUUUGGAGGAAAUUACUAAAAGUGUGCAAAAGGUGUAGAAACAAUGGC